AUGGCUAUGCGGCCAAGAGAGGACCAAGAGGCAGGAGGUCUGUUUUCGGGCAUAUUCGAUCGUGGCGGCUAUGUCACACGACUCAAGGAACUCAAUGCCGCGGCGGAGAGGAUCUUCAUGUACAACAAGCUUCUGCUCAUCGUGGAUGAGCAGCUCAACGGCGUCCGCCUCGCAUUGGGUGCCUAUCGCCGUGGAGAAGUGGAGUCGGCGCGGCGUCUGGCUGCCGGCGCCUCGUCCUCUGGAAGCAAGCUCGCGAAGGAGAGGCCACGCAGCGAUGCAGGUCUCCCUGGUAGCGGAGUCGAAGACUCGAGCAGGCAUUCGGACUGCGCCUUAGUCGGCACUACGUUUCUAUACUGUAGCCCUACAGUCCUACCUACGUUCCUUACACAGUUCGCAGCGAAACUGGAGGCGCGUCGAGCCACAUACCGCUCCCAGCGCAAGGCGGCGGUACGCGCGCUGCUUGCAAUGAAUCCAAGUGCGACAGAGUUGAGUGAAAGAGAAUGCCGCCUUCUUCUGGCUGAGUCGGGGUUGCCGGAGGACAGUUUGAAGGGAGUCGACUAG